CCUUACUUUAAUAAAAAAAAAUCUAUUUAUUCAGUGUUUAGCAGCGGCUACAACUUCCAUGUUCAUACAUUCCUAAGUUUUUAUCGUACUGGUACGGCUUUGUUGUGACGAAUUUGAGUCUGAUAGACGGUCUUGAAUCAGAAAAGUCCAAGCUGCAAGCGGAGAAAUGGCCCCAUUUGAUCCUCACUCCUUCACAGACUCGAGCCAUCCCCUGACAACCCACAUCGAACUUUCAAUGCAUUUGGAUUUUGACACGAAAACAAUCGAUGGGUCUGCUACCUAUACUCUCCAACAUCCCCACACAGGAGAUCUCUUCCUGGACACCAGAUCCCUCACAAUCCACACUGUUACAGAAACACCCUCAACCAAGCCUAUGCCUUUUUCUCUACAAAACCAUUCAGACCCCAUCAAAGGCAAUCUUCUCAACAUCUUUCUCACAGACCAAUCUUCUUUCCGUAUAACAUUCAAAACCCACGAAUCUGCCUCAGCUCUCCAAUGGUUGAAUCCAUCACAGACCGCAGGGAAAAAGCUACCUUAUGUCUAUACCCAGUGUCAGUCAAUCCACGCUCGUUCAAUAUUCCCUUGUCAAGACACACCCAGAGCAAGGAUUCGUUAUUCUGCUGUGCUCAACAUUCCCCAACAAAUGAGCUCUGCAAUGUCUGCUGCCCACAUGGGUAGAGCUGAGCCCUGCAUUGGAGAAGCCAAAGGAGCAUGCUCCGAUGACAAGUGGGUCGCCCAUGGAAGAGUUGUUGAGCAUUUCUCCAUGCAGCAGCCCAUACCGCCGUAUCUGUUUGCAUUUGUGGCGGGGGAUAUUGCUUCUAGGGAAGUGGGUCCCAGGACUAGAGUUUACUCUGAGCCUUCUCCUAUUCUGGAAGCUGCAGAAAAGGAAUUUGUCAACACAGAGGAGAUGAUUAAGCAGGCAGAGAACCUGUUUGGUGAAUAUGAUUGGGAAAGAUUUGAUCUUGUGGUACUACCUCCCAGUUUUCCUUAUGGUGGCAUGGAGAAUCCCAGGCUGGUUUUCUUGACACCCACUGCAAUUGUUGGGGAUUUAAGCGGAGGGCAUAUUGUGGCCCAUGAGCUUGCUCACAGUUGGACUGGAAAUCUCGUUACCAAUGCCACAAACAAUGAUUUCUGGUUAAAUGAGGGUUUUACAACGUAUGCAGAACGAAGAAUCGUAGAAGUGGUACAGGGCAAGGAACAAGCUUAUUUGAGCAUUGGGUUGGGAUGUGCUGCUUUGAGGGAGGAUGUCCAAAAUUUCAAGGACAAUUUGGGGUUUACAAAACUGAAAACAAAUCAGGAAGGGAUUCAUCCUGAUGAUAUUUACUCCAUAGUGCCUUAUGAGAAGGGUUUUCAGUUCCUAUGGCGUAUUGAGCGGCAGGUUGGACGCUCUGCUUUCGAUGAGUUCUUGAAGAAGUAUAUUGCAAACUUCAAGUUUCAAUCCAUUGACACGGAAACAUUCUUAGACUUUUUGAAGAAGAAUCUGCCAGGCAUAGAGAAGGAAAUUGAUUUGGAUGUUUGGAUAUAUGGCAUCGGCAUUCCUCCAGAUUUCACGGAACCCAUUUCCACUAUCCACAAUAAGGUUUUGGCUGCUUCACACAACUUUAUAGCUGGAAAAAUGCUCUCUGAUGAAGAUGUUAUUGAUUGGAAAGGUUUGGAUUGGCAGCUCUUCUUAAAGAAUCUACCUUCCAAACUUGAAGAAUCCCAGAUAUCAACUCUAGAUGGACGGUUUCAACUUAGUGAAAGCAACAAUUGGGAUGUCAAAGUGUCAUUUCUAACAAUUGUUGCAUAUUCGGGAUAUACAUCUUUAUUUGGGAAAAUUGAGAUGUGUCUUAAAGAAGUUGGAAGGAUGAAGUAUCUUAAGCCACUGUAUACAGGACUGUUGCAAAGCAACUCUGGGGAAGAAGGGAAGAAGCUCGCUAGAAGAGUAUUUGAAGAAGUCAUAGAUUUGUAUCACCCUAUUUCACAGGGAGCACUAAAAUCUCUUUUGGACAAAUUUUCUUAAAUAAAUAAUUACCCUGUGUAUAGAGUGAGAGAACCCAGCUGCGUUUUAUUAUUUGCGUUAAUGAUAAUUCUACAUGAGUAGAUUUGGCUUGUAGGAUAUAAAUUACUAAUUUUGUUGAAAUGUAUCAACUUGGUGGUAACAAUGUAAAUUUUAAGUUUGUAAUAUUUUUGCUAAAAAUAUUCAUCAAUAAUGAUAAGCUAGUAUAUUUUAAAUUU